GAAGAAGAAGAAGAAGAAGAAGAAGAAGACAGCGAGUUAACAAGCAGGGCGGAGCAGAGGAACUGGGCAGAGCUUCCGCGUGAUGUCCUUUCUGUAAUAUUCAAGAAGAUUGGAGCGGUCGAGAUCCUAAGGUCAGCACAGUUUGUGUGCAGGCCGUGGAGACAGUUAUCGCUCGAGCCGGAGCUUUGGAGGCACAUCGUGGUGGCGAUGCCGGACGAGCGCAUGGACCCUACUCACUUGGAAUCAUUGGUAAUGUUAGCCGCGGACAGAAGCGAAGGAUCUUUGGAGAAGUUCCAUUUAGAGGGCUUUGCGAGCGUGAAGGAUGAAAUCUUUGGCUAUAUCGCUGACAG